UAUUUCCUCACGGGCGUGUCUCUGAUUACAAGAAUCGCGCGUACCUGGUGACGGAGAUACUUUCGUCACCUUGCAAAAUGGAAUUGUGUCGGGUGGGCUUCCUGCUUCUCGCGCUCCUGGUCCCUGGUGGCGCUGGGCAGCUGGAUGUAUGUGGCAUAGCGGAGAACAACCCCAGGAUCGUCGGCGGAGUGGCGGCACCCGAGGGGGCGUGGCCCUGGCAGGGGAGCCUGCACAGAAAUGGCUUCCACACGUGCGGAGCGUCACUGAUCAACAACCAAUGGGUGCUGUGCGCCGCUCACUGCUUCCCAACCCUGACCAUCAGCAAUCUGCUGGUCUACCUGGGCCGCCAGACACAGCUGGGGACAAAUAACAACGAGCAGGUUCGUUCCGUGGUGGAGCUCAUCCGCCACGAAGACUACAACACUGCCACCAACGACAACGACAUCGCCUUGCUGCGACUCUCCUCGCCCGUCGAGUUCACCACCUUCAUCCGGCCCGUGUGCCUCGCCUCUCCUGACAGCGACGUCCCACCCGGAAGUGAAUCCUGGGUCACCGGAUGGGGCAAUAUUGGAACUGACGUUCCGCUUCCGUCGCCGCAAGUGCUGCAGGAAGUGACGGUUCCAGUGAUAUCCAACAGCGACUGCAACAAUGUAUACGGCACAAUCACCAGCAACAUGAUCUGCGCUGGACUUUCAGAGGGGGGGCGGGACUCGUGCCAGGGGGAUUCAGGCGGUCCGAUGGUGGCCAAAAACGAUACUAGGUGGAUUCAACUUGGCGUGGUGAGCUUUGGGUUUGGAUGCGCUUUGCCCGAUUUUCCGGGAGUCUACACCCGAGUGUCCCAGUACCAGACCUGGAUCACGGAACGCAUCACCGGCGACAUGCCGGGCUUCGUGAGAUUUGUGCCCGGCACAGUGACCACGAGUGGCGGCGUGACGGCGUUCCUCUGGGCUCCUCUGCUGUUCGCUCUUCUGCCGUCCAUCUUGACCGCCGUGCCGCUUCUGUGAUGAGGGGCAACAGCAUCAAGUGGACGCGCUCAAACCAAAUGAAAAUUUGGUGGCUGCACGUUACCUGAUUCAAAGCUAACCAUAAUUCAUUUGAAUUCUUGCCAUUUUCCCAAUUACGAAUUUAGUUUUUCUCAAGUAUUGGUGAUUAAUUGAUAUUUAAACAAAGACCAAAACGGGCUUCAAUAAUUUGCUUUUGUAUUGAACUUCUUGAUUUUCUGUGCCAAAGGUUCAAAAUGUUUGCACUGAUGAAAAAAAUGUAGUCAGAAAUGGCAAAGUUCCUUUUUCUUUGUCACACUUUCACCUCAUGCAACGUUUUGCACUUAUUUAAAUUUACACCUACAUGUGAAGUGGUCAAUUUGAAAUGAAGUACAGUCAUGGAUACUGCAAUCAGAGUCUGUUAGAUACUGUUCUUUUGCAGUAUCUGAUAUUGAAUGUACAGAAGCUUUUUUCUGUUCUUUUUUUUUUAAAUAGUUUUAUGGAAAUGUAAAAUAAUAUUGGUAUUGCUGGACAUUGGGUUGUUAUUCUUGAAGUAAAUGCUAUCGAUCACAA